AUGGCAAUGGGAAUCUUCUUGGCUUGGCUCAAUUUACUCCUGUUCCUCCGUCUUGUGCCCGUAGUCGGCAUCUUCGUUCUCAUGUUCACUGUCGUCCUGAAGUCCUUCCUCAAGUUCUCCGUGGUCUUCUUCCUCUUUAUCGUGGCGUUCACUUUCGGAUUCCAUACACUUCUCGUAAACCACAUCGCCUUCAGUGAAGUGGGCAUGUCGUUGCUGAAAACGUUUGUGAUGAUGCUUGGUGAAUUUGAAUAUCAGUCGACAUUCAUUGAAGGUGAUCAGGUUGGCCAGUCUGAUCCUGUGAUAUUAUUCUCCUUCGUGACAUACAUCAUGUUCCCAACUUUCCUGAUUGUGAUGACAAUCCUGAUCAUGAACUUACUGAUUGGCCUAGCCGUGGAUGACAUCAAAAGUGUUCAGAACGAAGCGACUCUGAACCGACGUGUGAUGCAGAUCAAGUUGAUUCUCGAUAUCGAAUCUGUACUGGCUCCGUAUCCCAAUGUCCUCGCAAACCGCUGGUUUGGACUGCAGCAACAUCGUGUUGUCAAAUGUUUUCUGUCAACUGUCAAACGGCUAAAGCGUAUAGUCUUUGGCAAAACUUUGCACCUAGAGAUGGUGACCGAGAAGCAGCGCCAACUUCCAGCACGUGGUGAACACCUUUACUUAAAGAGAACUCAAAUGUCCAGCUGUGGAAUCCACUCCUCUGCUGAAUCAUUGUCAAAGGAACAGUCAUGCAGAAUGGACUAG